GAAACGCAAUUACUGAAGAAGAAGAGGAUUGCGUACAGUAAUACCGAGCUAACUUCGGAUUAGUGUUAUCGUUUAUUAAAAAAAUAUGGCCGCAACUUGUUUCAUGGCGUAAAACAAAACAAAGAACUUUCAACCUUCGUAAUUGUCAAUACAAAAUUGUCAGUGCAACAUAACAUAAAUUUUUUGUAAAUCAACUCAACAGAAUGGCCGAAAAGAAUGACAGCUGGUUAGGAUCUUGGCUAAAUGCUGCAAAGAAUAAAAGUACUGAAGUCUUUGAUUUGGUGAGAACAGACCUCGAGGAGUUUGGGUCUGUAGUAAAAUCGGAAGUUAACGGUAUCGUUUCCUCCACAGGUUCAGUGGUAGAAAAAGCUUUAAAGCUUGAUUCACCUGACUCAACUGCAAGUUCUAUGAAAAGGAGCUUUAGUUCCUUUUUAGGUCAAGUGAAUACUGUUUUGAAUCCAAGCCCCGAUGAUUCUGAUACAGAAGCAAUUCUUAUUGUUGAGAACUCAGAAACAGUUACUUUAACCAAACUACAGCAAGCUGUAUAUCAGUUGCAAAAAGAUCCAGUAACUUAUUUGGCUGAUCCAGAUGAAUCAUUGUUAAAGCAAUUUCAGUGCUGGUUGGAAAUUGUGGAUGAUCAGUUGUCUUCUGAACGGAUAGAGAAGCAUUUAAAUAGUUCAAGUGUUUUAAAAAAUCAGUAUACUCAACUUGUACCAGAUUCAGUUGAACAUUCAAUAUUUUGGAAAAGGUACUUAUUCAAAAAAGCUCUUCUUGAAGAUGAUAUUGCACGACAAGAAGCUUUGGAAAAGAGAGAACAGAAAGAGAAGCAAAUGACUGAAGAAAAUCUUAAAUGGGAGCAAGAUUUUGCAAACGACGUAGAAUUGACUGAAGAAGAGCAAAUAAAAUUAUUAGAGCAGUAUGAGUAUGAGACUAAAACAAAAAAACAAAGUCCUAAAAGAAUAAAAAGUCCAAUUGGGGAAGAUGUCGUUUUCAAACAAGAAUCGCAAAAAAAUAAGGCAAAACCAACGAAGAAUGCUGAAGAUAUAAUUGAAGAGAAAGCAAAUAUUAACAAAGUAGACUCAUCCAACAGUUUAGAUACCCCCAGUAGUAACAGUAGUAGCGCUGAAGAUGAUUGGGAAAAAAUUAGCGACAUUGAUAAAUAGAUUUUUUUUCUAUUCUAUAGAAUAAGAGCUGUAUUUUGUAUGAAUGAAAAACUACCUACUUAUGUACCAUUCAGGUUUACCCAAAAUGUAAUUGUAUUAAUUAUAUUAAUGAGUACUUUUAUCCAAAAUUAUUAUGUAUGAUUUACAUUGAUAAUAAAAUGCAUUUUUGUUA